AUGUCCGAGAAGAUUGAUACCGUGGACACUAAGGAAAUCCAGACCAAGGUCGUCAGGGGUAGCGAGGCUUUCAACGAGGCCAUGAUCAAGGAGCCCCCUAGUGCCUGGACCAAAGCCCAGCUGAUGAUCUACGCCUUCUCCCUCAUCGGUUUCUUCUGUUCCACCAUGAACGGUUAUGACGGUUCCUUGAUCAACAACCUGCUUCAGAACCCUUCUUUCAAGGAGCGUUAUGGCGCCAAGAACGACGGUAUUUGGGCUGGUAUUAUCUCUUCCAUGUACCAGAUUGGUGGUGUUGUGGCUCUUCCCUUCGUCGGUCCCGCCCUCGACACCUGGGGUCGCAGAAUCGGCAUGUUCAUCGGUGCAGCCAUCAUCAUUAUCGGUACCUGCAUCCAGGCAACUGCCAAUGGCACUAGCCAAUUCAUGGGAGGUCGAUUCCUGCUUGGUUUCGGUGUCUCCAUCGCCGCAUCCGCCGGACCCAUGUACGUCGUCGAGAUCAACCACCCGGCCUACCGCGGAGUCGUUGGAGCGCUAUACAAUACACUUUGGUUUUCUGGAGCUAUCAUUGCUUCUGGUGCAGCUCGCGGAGCCCUGGACAUCGAUGGUGAUGCCUCAUGGCGCCUCAUCACCUGGCUUCAGGCUCUCUUCUCCGGACUCAUUGUUAUCUUCUGCAUGUUCAUGCCAGAGUCUCCCAGAUGGCUAUUCGUCAACAAUAAGAAGGAGAAGGCUGCCGAAGUACUCGCCAAGUACCACGGAAAUGGCAACCCCGACUCUCCAUGGGUCAAGCUCCAGCUACACGAGUAUGAAGAGCUCCUCAACAUGGACGGUGCCGACAAGCGCUGGUGGGAUUACCGUGCGCUGUUCCGCAACCGCGCUUCUGUCUACCGUCUCUCCUGCAACGUCUGUAUCUCGAUCUUCGGUCAGUGGGCCGGCAACGCUGUUCUGUCGUAUUUCCUCGGAUCCGUUCUCGACACCGCCGGCUACACCCACCCCAUCCAGCAAGCCAACAUCACCCUCAUCAACUCUUGCCAGCAGUUCCUGUGCGCCAUUUGCGGUGCUUUGCUUGUUGAUAGAGUCGGUCGUCGUCCCCUACUGCUCUUCUCUUUCACCGCUUGCACAAUUGUUUGGCUCGGCAUGACUGUCGCCUCAGGUAUUUUGUCCAAGUCUCAGGUCGGUGAAACGGACAGUGGUGCCCCCAUCUUCGACAACCCGGCCGCGUCCCAGGCUUGCUUGGCCAUGAUCUUCAUCUUCGGUUCAGUCUACUCGGUCGGUAUCACGCCCCUCCAGGCUCUGUACCCCGUCGAGGUGCUCUCCUUCGAGAUGCGCGCCAAGGGUAUGGCCUUCUCCAACUUGGCUGUCAACGCCGCCGGUCUCCUGAACCAGUUCGCUUGGCCCGUCUCCAUGGAGAAGAUUGCCUGGAAGACUUACAUCAUCUUCACCAUCUGGGACGCAGUCCAGACCGCUGUCAUCUACGUCUUCAUUCCCGAGACUAAGGGCCGCACCCUCGAGGAGCUCGAUCACAUCUUCGCUGCCGACAAGCCAGUCAAGGCUUCCAUCCAGAAGAAGGAGGUCGCUGUCGAUCGCUACGGCGACGUUGUCAACGUCCAGGACGUCUAA